UGGCUCUGGUUGUGGAAGUAUCGCGCUCCGUUCCGAACACGGGCAUUUGACUGGAAGUGGUGUUCUCCGAGGACUUUGGCAAUUGACUUGGGUUCUGUGAAUCAAAGAGUGAGAUUACGAGCAAGUCUGGAUUCAUCCUGGUGUUUUAUGGGGAUCGCGCAGUUAUGGAUAGCGGGCGGUCGGCAGGCGCGGGCAUGGGUGGUCCUCGCGGGUUGGUCGCGGGCGUGAAGGCGGCCUUUCGGUCCCGUUCUCGUUCCGAGAAAUCCCGAUCUCGUUCGCGCUCCAGAUGUGAGAACAAUAGAACAGAUAACCGCGAUGAGGCUCGCCACGGCAAGAGCGAGCGGGCCCCGCGCUCGCCCUUCUUGGGCUGGGCGCGGUCACGCCACAAGGAGCAGCCCAAGGCGAAGGACGCGGCGAAGGCCAAGGAGGUUACAGCCUGCGCCACGGAAGGCAGUGGCCCUUGCUCCCUCCUCCAGGCGGAGCGACUGAGCCUCCACUCGUCGGAGGAUUACUGGCACACCUCCGAGGACUUGCGCGAUAUCCGGCGGGGGACAUAUACGAGUUUCAGGAGUGACUUUUACGACAGUAGGUACGCGGGGGAAAAAGAAAACGAAAAAACUCUGGACCGACUGAGGUUGCUGGUGGACGAUGGCGCUGCCGCCAGACUGCAGGACUCGAGGGAAAAGAGCGGUGGUCGCCUGGGCAGGUACGUCAACCUCCCCGUCCAUUGCUCCGGUGUCGCUGGUCAGGUGCCGGGCGAGAGCAGUGCCAGGGCCGGGGAUGGCGGGUUGGCCCACGGAGUGAGUGCCAGCAACCACGGGGAGGCCUUUUGCGGGGCUGCUGCGGCCCGCGGGUCUCAGGGCCUUGCGUGUGCGAGUGACGUGGGCGAGAGGGGGGGCGUGGAGGGGGAGACGGAACUGGAGGGGGAAGUGAGGGUACAGGGAGAUGGCAGUGACAUGCGUGAGGACGAACACGUUGAAGUGAAAAGCGAGAAACAGUUGAGGUUCGAUACUUCGACCAUUAAGAGAUACUAUAACAAAGAGAAGACCUCUGAAUCUGUUAGAGGUUCGUGGUUAAAGUCAGCCUUAAGUUAUAACUUGGAAGUGCCAGAAUCUCCCAGGAACGAAGUGAUCGUGCUAGCUCUAGGUAUCGACCAAUACAUAGAAGAAGUGUUCCGGUUCUUGGAUCGCUCGGGGUCGGGCCGGGUGGGUAUAGAGGACUUCGAUGCCCUGUGCCAGGUCCUCGGGCUGGCUGAGAGCGAGGGGUUGCCGAGGAAGGGGCAGCAAAGGUGUCAGUGUCUCGGGUCGAAGCUGACACUGAAUGGCAGCCUCGACAAUUCCUUGCUGAACAACGAAGUGCCAGGCGAUAAAGUGUGUCCCAUCCAUCUCAACUUCAGCGAAUUUCACGACCGGCUGUGCGAGCGUUUCGUGAAGGGGGCGCAGACGGAGACCCUCUCCCCGCUCGCGUCUCGGCGCCCUUACAACCCGCGCCUCGUAACGUCGGUGGUGCACAUUCAGCGGCGGUAUGACAUCCUCGAGAAGAUUUCGAAGUCUAUCGCAGAAAUAAACUCGGAGUUGGAGGGCGACGUCAAGAGGCCCCCGGCAGAGUGUCCGACGGCGGCGUCCGCCUGCUGCACCUCGCGGCAGCCCGCACACGUCGAUCGCAACUCCAACAUCUCUCCUCAGCCGUCGUAUUCCGAGACUUGUCUCCUGAAGCGACAGGUGCUUUUACAACAGCAGGAACUCCAGUGCCUUCGUGAGGUGAUUGAGGACAUGCGCGUCGCUCUCCAGAAUUCUGACGCUGAAAACUUGUCGCUCCAGGUACAAAUGGCGAGAAGUUCCGCCCCCUCCCGGCGCGGGUCGGAACACGACCUGUGUCUCACCGACGAGGAGGACACGAUCGACGACCUGGUGAGGCAACUGACGGAGCUGAGUCGCCCAAGGAAUGAUGCUUCUUCUAUUCCCGUCGCAGAAGUCGCGCCUCAGCCACAGGAAGCACCGAAGGAGGCGCCACAAGAGGCGCUGCAGGUCGAUAAUCCCAAGUGCAAGAAGGAAGCGCAGGAGACUGCCUUGCUCCCUCCUGAGCUUCCCGGUUCUCCAAAGGAACCCCACAACACUGCCUUUGUGUCCGGUGACCUUUCUUUGGAGGCUGAACUUCAGGCCACGUAUGAAGCCUUGCAGUCAGCGCGGGAGGAGCAGGAGGCGACGCAGGCUGACCUUCAGCGGACGGUCAGUCAGCUGCAGCAACGGGAGGCGGACCUGAAGGGGGCCGAACUCAGCCUGCAGGCCUCGUACACCGCCCUCGAAAAGGUGCAGUACGACAGCCACGCCCUCGUGAUGGAGGUCGCGGAAACCAGGAGUCUCCUGGAGGAGGCCAAGGAGAGGCUCACUGGAGCGCUGGAGGAGCUGGCGCAGGCGAAAUGCACCAUCCAGGAGCAGGAGACGCAGCUGACAUGCGCCAAGGAAAGCUUGGAGGUCCUUCAGAACUCAAGACAUCGCGUCGUGAAGGAGGUAUCGUCGGCGCGGAACUUGGUGGCAGGCAGCAUGGAGCAGGUGCGGGCAGGUGAGCACGCCCUCGCCGCCCUCGCCUCGAUGCACGCCCAUUCCUCGCCCAUCGGCAGUACAAGAUUGGACUCGGUUUGCAGAGCGGACAGCGGCUUGUAUAGUGAAGACAGCGAACGAGAUGACGACAUGAAGACCCCGGAUCGAUCAACAGACCACAUAUCUGCUUCUGACGACGACUUGUGGUCUCCGAGGGGCGCGCCCUUGAAGGACACCAGGAGCAGAAACGACUCGAACUCCUCCUGCAGCUCGAAGUCCCCGGCGAGUCCCCGUUCGGAGUCGGACCUUCUGACGCCGUCCUUGGGAUCGCCGACGCUGAUGAUCACGGAAGAGGAAGAAGAGGAGUCCUCGUGGGCGCUUCGGGAGGCCAAGAAGGGCGGCGCCUUGACCUCGACCUCCACCGCGAUCAUCGAGGGGCUGGAGAAGGAGGUGCAGUGGAUCCAGGAGUCCCUGGACGCCGCUGAGAAGGAGUGGGAUCAGGAACAAAGCCUAUACUCCAAGGACGACAACGACGCCUUCGGGAAGUCGGGAGUCUUAGACGAGAAGCUGCGGCACGUGGAGGCCGAGCGGGUCAGGCUCGCCCUCCUCGAGGACAAGCUGAGGCAUCUCCUCCAGGUGCUGCUGACCUUGGCGGACCUGAACCUUUCCCGCCGCACCCUCGGCCGCCUGAUCCUCGAGGCCGUGGAAGACGCCGCCGGAGCCAAGAUCGGGGAGGUGAGGAGCCUAGCGAGCCUCAGGGACAGCGACGUGUCUCCCCUGGCGUUCCUCCCUUCCUUCCUCUCCUCGACGAGCAGUUACCACACGCUGUCCACGGAAACCCUCGUUCACCUGGCGCUUCGGGGCCUCACUCGUCCGCCUCAGAUGCCCGAACUCCCGGAUCACUUCGAAGCUACUCUUGGCUAACGACGUCGUAAGAAUAUAAGACGACAGUGAGAGUGAUAUAUGGAAAUUUGGGAGGAAUGAAGGGAAAGGUAGUGGUGUAAGUGAAAAGGAGAUGUUAAAAGAAAGUGAAAGUGUAAUAUGCUAAAGACUGCUGUAAUAUAUUUUAUUUCGGACAGAAAGCAUUUCUAAGAUUUAAAGAAGAAACUGAUAUACCUGCAAUAUUCCAUAUUUUUUUCUUAGGAACUUUGAAUGCCUUUGAGUAUUGUCUCAAGAUGUUCAAGAGGUAGUGGUUGUGAAUGUGUUUGUCUUUUGUUCAUGAUUAAACACACUUAAUGACAAUUCAGGAAUGAUAAAGUACUGCAUAAGUAUGUAUGUAAUUAUGCGCGCAUUAUUAAGGCAUAGAGCGAAGAAUUUCUUCAUACCGCAAUAUAGAAACAGAGAAACACACUCAACCGAUCCGUCUAACAUGUAAAUAAAAUUUUAAAUUCUUCCGGUAUUCUGCUCUCAAAUUUAUACUAAUUUUCCGAAGUACUUCUAUGCUGCCACCUAGUGUUUAUGGUUGCUUAGAUCAUGUGCAUUUAAUAUAUGUAUAUAUAUGAAUAAUGAAAACACUCUACCGUGUUGAUACUAUGGUAGAAAAACCCACGCUAAAUCUAGUUUUUACAUUGUGGGUUUUUCUACCAUGUAUAUAUAUAUUUUUUUCUUAUUUUCUCUUUUAGAACAUGAGGUUUCACAAAGGAAUAAUCACGUUACCAAAUCUUUUUAAUUCAAUGUCGCUGGCCUUUUUUAUUUCAUCAUAUAAGCAAUUACAUCAGUCUGUCAUAUCUGAAUCUGAUUGUGAUAUAACAAUGAGGUUAUCGCUUUUAUCACAUAACGAUAUACUGUAUCUUCAAGCAUUGGUUAUUAUGAUUUCAAUUCGACCCGUUUUAUAUUAUUUCUGUUUGGUAUCGGCUCGAGAUACUGAUCAAGAAUUAAUACCAACCAUUAUGAGAAUCUGCUUCGUCGUAAAGGAGACGAUGCAAGACUUCAAAAAGCGAUAAGAACAAUAACAACAGUGACGACGACAACAACAACAUCAUCAUCAUCAUCAUCAUCAUCAUCAUCAUCAUCAUCAUCAUCAUCAACAUCAACAUCAACAUCAACAACAACAACAACAACAUCAACAUCAACAUCAACAUCAACAUCAACAUCAACAUCAACAUCAACAUCAACAACAACAACAACAACAACAACCACAACUCCACCUACAACUCAAGCUAAAACUACAACUACAACUACAACCAUAACUCCAAAAACUAUAGCUUCAACUACAAUUACAACCAUAACUCCAACUACAACAACUUCAGCAGCAACAAGAACAAAUCUAGAUUCAGUAUACAGUCUCAGGCUAAACAUAUAAUGAAAAAAAAGUGUUGUGCAAUAAACAUUACUAGUAUUUGGUAUUCAUAAUAAUUAUUUGUAUUAGUUUGCCGAGAAUGUGAUUUAUCCAUUGAUGUGAACAAACAUGUAAAAUAGCUUUACCUUUCAACGUACAAAAAAAAACUUCUGAAAUCCUGUCCUUUGCGUUGUAAUAAAUAAGAUUUUUUAUACUUUAAUCUGAAUUCAGAGUGUUAUAUAUGAUAACGGUUUAAAAUAUGUUUUUUUUUAAAUCUAAUAGGCCGCUUUUACACACAAAAAUACUUAUUAGUUAUUUUUAAGGAGAUUCUUAUUUAUCUGUAUUUUCUUUACUUUUUAAGCUUCUAAAACAACAUUAUGCUAGUCUUAAAUACUUUAUGUAGAUAUGUAUAAUAAAUAUUUGUAUGAAAAUA